AUGUUUAUGGAUGUUGUUGAUGCCCUGAAUGGAAGUUUACAUAAUAUAAUCUUCCCUUCUCGACCAGCUGAGAUUCUGAAAACCAAAGAAGACUUUCUGAGAUUGUCCAAUUUUCCUAAUGUUGUCGGGGCCAUUGAUGGGACUCUGAUUCCCAUCAUUGGAAUGUCUACAGAUGAUGAACACGUGUUUGUGUCCAGGAAAGGGUUUCAUGCCAUUAAUAUGCAAGGAAUUGUGACAGCUGACCUGAAAUUUAUAAAUAUAGUUUGCAAGUAUGGAGGAGCAACCCAUGACGCAUACAUACUUGCAAACAGCAACAUUCCAGAAACGAUGGAGCAGCUACCAGGUGGGGGCUGGCUUUUGGGCGACAGUGGUUACCCUCUCCGCCCAUGGCUAAUGACACCAAUACUCUCUCCACAGACCCAACAGCAGGAGAAGUAUAAUGAGAGCCACAUCAAAACAAGGAAUUGCGUUGAGAGGGCCUUCGGUGUCUUAAAGUCUAGAUUCCGGCAAUCAGAGAUGUUUUUGUUCCCUAAGUUCACAAAUAAAACCAGUGAUUAG